AUCGAUUUAAGAUCUUCAUUAGGAUCGUCCAGAUCAGAGUUCUCCAACCCAUAUUGUGAUGUACAUUUUCUCUUUUAGUAAUCUGUUCACUCGUCUCCGAAGAACGAGCAACAGAAGCCGAACCUUCGAGACGUGGUUUUGAAGCUUCUUCACUCAAUUUACUAUCAAUUGUGUCGCUUCUUCUUCCUUCUUAGGCUUUUCCUCUUUGAGAGAAGCCCAUUUGCAUGAACUUCAAGUUCCUCAAGGUACCAAAUAGUUCACGCUUGACCAUUCUGAACAACUUCUUGGGGCACACCGAAACUGAAAUUGCUUUUAUUCACUUGCUAUUCUUCAAUUUCCGGCAGGGUGACGGCGCCAGCGCUAGCCUCCAAAGGAAUCUCGUGCUUCCAAUUGCAGCUAACCGCAAAAUCCAUCGUCUCCUCAAAGUGAUUUCACAUAUACCAGUUGUUAGCUUUGGACGCAAAAGAUCGUUAAAAAUCUACAGUGCAAAAAUGGAGCUCUCAAUCACACAACCUGAUGAUUGGCAUCUUCAUCUCCGUGAUGGUGAUGUUCUUAAGGCAGUUGUCUCUCACAGUGCACAUCACUUUGGGAGGGCAAUAGUCAUGCCAAAUUUGAUGCCUCCUAUCACUACCACUGCUGCUGCUGUAGCAUACCGGGAGGCGAUAUUGAAAUCUUUACCUGUUGAUAGUGAUUUCAACCCUCUUAUGACUCUUUAUUUGACAGAUACAACCAGUCCUAUGGAAAUCAAACUAGCAAGAGAGAGCCAGGUCGUAUUUGGGGUGAAGUUGUACCCUGCUGGUGCCACGACAAAUUCUCAAGAUGGAGUGACUGAUCUUUUCGGGAAGUGUUUACCGGUUCUACAAGAAAUGGUUGAGCAUAAUAUGCCUCUGCUGGUUCAUGGAGAGGUUACUAAUCCUGAGGUUGACAUGUUUGAUAGAGAAAAGGUAUUCAUUGAAACGGUUCUAAGACCGUUGGUGCAGAAAUUUCCACGAUUGAAGGUCGUGAUGGAGCAUGUUACCACCAUGGAUGCUGUUAAGUUUGUUGAAUCUUGCACUGAAGGAUUUGUUGCAGCGACUGUCACCCCACAACAUCUUGUUUUGAACAGGAAUUCUCUCUUCCAAGGGGGCUUACAACCACAUAAUUACUGCCUUCCAGUCCUCAAAAGAGAGAUCCACAGGGAGGCGCUUGUGUCAGCUGUAACAAGUGGAAGUAAAAGAUUUUUUCUUGGGACUGAUAGUGCUCCUCAUGAUAGACGAAGAAAAGAGUGUUCUUGUGGAUGUGCUGGUAUUUACAAUGCACCUGUAGCCUUGUCAGUAUAUGCAAAGGUGUUUGAAAAGGAAAAUGCACUCGACAAGCUUGAAGCAUUUACUAGCUUCAAUGGACCAGACUUUUAUGGGCUUCCUAGGAACAACUCAAAGAUUAAGUUGAGUAAGACGCCAUGGAAGGUACCCGAAUCCUUUUCUUAUGCAUCAGGAGAUAUUAUUCCCAUGUUUGCUGGUGAAAUGCUCGACUGGUUGCCGGCUCCUCUCUGAGA